AUGGCUGCCGUUAUGCAAACAGACGUUUCUACUAGUAACAAUUCUCAAGUUGUGGACACUUCCAAUGAAAAACAUUCUGAGAUUAAAGGUGCUGAUAUGGAGUUACAACAGGAUGGAAAGGCUGGUUUUAAGGGCAAAAGAAGAUCUUCAUCGUUUACCGAAUUAAUUGGGAUUGCUUCAUCAAGCAAACACGACAAAAAGGAAUUGAUUAAACUUAACUAUUCCCCCAUCGAUAGCCCAUUCUCUUGUGCAAAAUUGCCAAUAGAAUCAUGUUCAUCUUUAUCCUCUUCAAUUACUGCUGGUCCACCAAUGGAGAAAUGUUUGGUUGGGGGAAAAGUGAAUUAUGUUCUUGAUGAAUUGUUAAGUACAGAGCGCACUUAUGUCCGCGAAUUGGCUGAAAUCAUUCAUCAUUAUAUUCUACCUUUAGAGGCUCUUGAGUCUACUAGCAACAAUGGAACUGCUAAUUCACAUAAUAUUUUACCAGGACAGUCUAAUAUACUUUUUGGAAAUAUUCGAGAUUUGGUAAAAAACUUUUUUGUAAAAGAAGGGGAGAGGGGGACCUUUCUUGGGGAUUCUCGGGCUUAG